GCCGCGUGACCUGACGAUCUGGAGAUCAUUUUGGACUACUAAAGAUAAAUAGUUAAAAGCUUUAUUUUGAGCUAGACCCGAAUUUAAGUCGUUUAUGGCAUGGUGCAUGGCUGGCAUGUUGCCUUAAAAAAGUCAGUUUAGGGGUUUCUUUCAAAUCAUGUACGUUGGAUACCUUUUGGAUAAAGAGGGAAACAUGUAUCACCAAGGACCUGUGAGACGAUCUGGCAUCAGUCUUCCACCACAGAAUUUUGUUUCCACACCCCAGUAUUCAGAUUUUACAGGAUAUCACCAUGUGCCCAAUAUGGACACACACGCGCAGUCUGCGGGGGCAUGGGGCGCUCCUUAUGGGGCACCAAGAGAGGACUGGGGCGCCUACAGCCUAGGGCCUCCAAACACUAUUUCUGCACCUAUGAGCAAUUCUUCACCGGGACAGGUUUCCUAUUGCUCGCCUGAUUAUAAUGCUAUGCAUGGCCCGGGAUCAGCAGUGUUGCCGCCACCGCCUGAAAACAUUUCAGUGGGCCAACUUUCCCCUGAGAGGGAAAGGCGCAAUUCCUAUCAGUGGAUGAGCAAAACUGUCCAGUCGUCAUCAACCGGCAAAACAAGAACGAAGGAAAAAUAUCGAGUGGUGUACACGGACCACCAGAGGCUGGAACUGGAGAAAGAGUUUCAUUUUAAUCGCUACAUCACAAUAAGAAGAAAAUCAGAACUGGCGGUAAACCUCGGGCUUUCAGAAAGACAGGUGAAGAUCUGGUUCCAAAACCGCAGGGCUAAGGAAAGGAAGUUAAUCAAAAAGAAAAUGGGUCAGUCUGAUGGAAGUGGAGGAUCAGUCCACAGCGACCCAGGUUCUGUCAGUCCAUUACCGGUACCAGGCUCAUUAAGUCCAUCAGAUAUACACGGUUCUCUGUACCCACCCCCAGGAAUGAACGCCUUACCAUCUAUGAGGAACAUACAGCAAGUUACAGUCACUCAGUGAACUCGAACUUGGUACAUCCAACUUUAACUGAGCACUCCGACACGCUGAAAGGACAGAGCCGGACCUCUCAAUGGGUCAAAAAGGAUUACAAAACCAUGUUAAGGCGCGUGUUGUGGAUUACAACAGAGAAUCACG